CCAAGCUGCCGGUGCCUCCAGGACUCACUUGGCCGUUUGUGCUCCCCAGAUUUUAACCCUGUUAGCUCAGCUCACAGUAACCCACACAGCCGCAUGCGAAUACGACGCACAACCACCACGAGCGAGCCCAAUGGAGCAAGCGAGCAACACGCAUGACGAGCUCAGCCUCGAGCUCACCCUGGCCGCUGCGGUGGGAGUGGCGCCGGCAGCACCUCGCUUCUUCCUCUGCGCCUACUGCGACCGCAGGUUCCUCACCGCGCAGGGGCUCGGCGGCCACCAGAACGCGCACAAGCAAGAGCGCGCUGUUGCUAGGCUCCACCGUGAUGCCGCCGCUGACAUGCGCGCCUCCCGGGCAUGGAAGGCUGCUGCUCGGAUGCCCGAGGGGCCUGAGGACGAGGAGCCCGCUGCGGGUGGCAUGGCGCAGAAGUGCGGUAAUAGCUCGCCGGAGCGUGACCACGAGCUGGACUUGUCUCUCCGGCUGUAACCAGCCGGCCGACCGAUCUCCGAUAAACUUGUCUCUCGGUUGUAGGUACGUCAUGGUCUAGCUACUUUGGGUGGACCCUUUGUUUCAAGCUCGUGUUGGGCAUCCUGUCAAAAAGAAACUCAUGUGGGCAGGCAUUAGAUUGAUCCGCCCUUCUACUUUUUAUUUUGAAGUCUUGAACUGAAUCUCUAGACCUUGCCGCUCCUUGGGAUGAAACAAAAUUCCCAAUUUC